GGCCCUAACCAGUUCGCGAGUCUCACCCGAUCGAUCCCUUUUAGCUCACAUCCAUUAUCCUUUUUGUUCCUGCUUCAAUCCAUCCCUCGUGCCCCGGUCUUCACCUUUUUCCGGCUUGCCACCACUUCGACGGUAUUCCGGUGCUCACCUUUUCCCGGCGUGAGCUUGAGCUCGGCCUGGCCAGCUGGUGCCGAGCUCGAGGGCGGAGUUUCUUCCCAUGGAUGCGGAUACGGCCAUGGAGAUGGAAAUAGGGGACGGCUCCUCGUCCCACUCUUCCUCCAAGCGUCUUGGCAUCAAGAACGCCAUCCAAACUAAUUUCGGCGACGAUUACGUCUUCCAAAUUGCUUCCAGCCAGGAGAUCUCAACAUUGGCAGUGUCCCUAUCAACAAACACUAUCAAAUUCUACUCUCCAGCAACUGGGCAGUAUUUUGGGGAGUGUAAAGGACAUAGUGCAACCAUCAAUGAGAUAUCCUUUUCUAUUCCAUCCUCCGCACAUGUUAUAUCUUCGUGUUCGUCUGAUGGCACUGUUAGAGCAUGGGAUACCAGGACCUUCAAGCAGGUUUCAACAUUAACGGCUGGUUCCUCCCAAGAAGUAUUGAGCUUUUCUUUCGGUGGAUCAAGUGGUAAUCUACUUGCUGGUGGAUGCAAUGCUCAGAUAUUAUUUUGGGAUUGGAGAAAUGGAAAGCAGGUGGCUUGCUUGGAAGAAUCCCACACGGGUGAUGUGACGCAAGUAGAAUUCAUUCCAGAUCAGCAAAAUAAGCUUAUUUCUUCUUCUGAGGAUGGAUUGUUAUGCCUUUUUGAUACUGAUGGACAAAUUGAUGAUGAUAACCAUUUGGAAUCAGUGAUGAAUGUUGAGACUUCUAUUGAGAAAAUAGGAUUUUUUGGGCAGAUGAAUCAAAAGCUUUGGUGUUUGACACGUAUUCAAACAUUAAGUAUUUGGGACUGGAAAGAGGGAAAAAGAGAAGUCAAUUUCGAAGAAGCUCGCUCAUCAGCUUCUGACAGAUGGAAUCUAGACCAUGUUGACUAUUUUGUUGAUUGCCAAUACUCCAAAGUUGAUGACCGCUUAUGGGUGAUUGGUGGUACGGGCUCAGGGACACUUGGUUACUUCCCCAUUAGUCAUGAACCACUCGGAGAGAUUGGGUCCCCAGAAGCUAUUCUUGAAGGUGGCCAUGCAGGGAUAGUAAGAACUGUAUUACCUGCUUCAUGCAGUCAUGGCGGCCUUGCCCAGACCAAAGGUAUUUUUGGAUGGACUGGGGGUGAAGAUGGUCGCUUAUGUUGCUGGUUGUCGGAUGACUCAAUAGAAGGAAACCGGUCAUGGAUCUCCAGUGCCCUAGUUAUGAAAUCGCAGAAGGCACAUUGUAGAACCCGACACCAUCCGUAUUGAAGGAGAUCUGUGGGACAUGGCUUCCUGGUUUAAAAUAUGCUGUAAAACAAGUUUUUCCGUUUUCUAUUUGUUAAACGGACAGACAUUUUUGCUCCCUCGGUUUGAAUGUGAAAGUGAUAGCAAGCCAGAGCAUUGCAUUGAGGCAUAUCAGAUGUAUGUUAUCGGCAUGCCUGCCUGUUGAUGUAUUGGUUCUUUGGCAUUAGCAAGUUGUUUUAUGGGCAUCUGUCCAUUAGGCUUGGUGCAUCUGAUUUCUUUUUGCAAGUUAAAUCAGAUUUUUGUAGCUAUUGGAAUUUUUAAUUUUUAUGAUAAUUAAACCUAGGAAUUUUCAAAAU